ACGCAAUAUCACACCAAGGAGCAAUGUCCCAAGAAUCAAGUAUCACAUAUUUGGUCUCCCGCUUUGCAUUUGUCAGAGUUUUAGCGUCUGAUCCCCAGAUCAAGACAUUGAGCCUUUUGGGGUCCAUCGACGGCCAGCAAGCAAUCAUCUCUGUAGAAAAAACGGCUUUCCCCGUGAUUCAAGCCACCGAUGCUGAGCCUAGCAGCAAGAAGCAAAAGCUGGUUGAUGGAAAAAGCUUCCUGACUUGUCAGUCUCCAACGUUUGACAUCAACGAAUUGGUUACCAGCUUGAAGGUGAUCAACCACAACGACAUCUACCACUGGUCUCUUGGGUUGCUUGAGCAAAACCUUGAAACCAACCCAGCGGUGAAGCUCAACCUCGUUUACCCCGCCACAACUACUCAUAUCAAGAAAUAUGACACUCAAAAAUACCACUUUGUCCAGGAAACCCCAGAAGUAUACACCCGGAUCGUCAAGCCCUACAUCGAGUCCAUGCAAGGUGAUAGGAUUCAAUGGGUGCGCAACAUCUUAUACUGCGGCAAGGAGAAGGAAAAUGUCGUCUUCCGCGAGGAUAAUAGCGAAUAUGGUUAUGUCUUGUUGCCAGAUAUGAAGUGGGAUGGGAUCAACAUAGAUUCUUUAUACCUCGUGGCUAUCGUCUUGAGAACCGACAUUGCGUCCUUGAGAGACUUGAACGAGACACACAUCCCCUGGUUGGAGUCGUUAAGAAAGGAACUCAGAACCAAGAUCCCCCAGCACUAUGAAAACAGGAUUGCCUCCGACGAGUUGCGGAUUUUCGUGCACUACCAGCCAUCCUACUAUCACUUCCACAUUCACGUGGCUAAUAUCAAACACAGCGGCUUGGGAGACGGUAUUGCCGCAGGUAAGGCCGUCUUGUUGGAAGAUGUGAUUGAACAAUUGAAAUACUUGGGUCCAGACGGGUUCGCUAACAAGACCAUCGGCUACGUUAUAGGCGAGAAUCAUGACUUGUGGCGCGCUGGGUUGAAGGAAGAGCAGGAAAAGCUGCUUUAAAAAGGCUGAUAUAGUUUACACGGCUGAAUGGUUAUCUGUAAAUGUUACGUCU